AUGGCUAAAUUCGGUGACCAGGCUAAAGCUAUUGCAGAGGCGGGUACCGAACAAGUCGGAUUAGAUAUUGCUGUAAAAUCACUCUAUACGCUGAUUGUGACUGGCAUUGAGGCCCUCCUUGACGGGGCAGAACUGGCGGUUCCUUUUUUUGGGGAGAUUGCAAUCGGCCUUGAAAGCUUGGUAGAAGUGUUUGCCAACCGAUUUAUCAUCAAAGCAUGCAGCGACCUGGUCGAGAAGGAGGGCAAAGCUGCAGUCAAAGCCAUCGAAAACAAGCUCGAGCCCAAGAGAGUGACCAAGAGACCAACCAACACACGACCUCCGAAAUCAUCGCAUACGUCAGCGAGAACACGAACUACAGAUCAAUACGGCAUAAAGAGAGCCGACAAUCCCAACUGCAAGCGACGAAAGAAGUCUGCCCGCACGACAACGGAAAUCUCAGAUCAGCUUCAAGGGCGCACAACGAGGACUAUCACGCUAGACUGCGAUAGAUACCCUCAGCCGCGCUGGCACUACUCCUCGGUGAUCAGUAACAACCCGCACUCUGCGUAUGUGACGUGUCCAUACGCCCCUGAGCCCUAUACAAAGCGUGGGGCGGUGGAGGAGUGGUAUGAUGAGCAUGAUCAGUACCUCGUUGACGCAGAUGUUGAAUGUCAGGCGGAUGAGUGGCCCGCUGCAAAGUACAUUGAGGUAAAUGACGGCUACAAAAAUUUGGAGGGACAUGGGAACCGAGUUCCAAAAGAUGAAAAACAAUUUAUUCGCCUUCUGUCUCAGACCCAAAAUGGAGCUGCUGGUCAAAAAUUCAAAGGUUGUCCAAAAAUGGCCAGAAGAGAAGAUGUUCAAACUGAGAUCAGUUUGGAGGCUCCGGCGCACGGAGGAAACCUGUAUACUGAAUGGACACAGGUCAAGGCGGUCUACACCCGGGACGUUUUCUCAGUUUCGUUUGACAAUUAUGUCGCUGCAGCGGACGGUGAUGAUGGCUUGACCCUCAAUGAAUGUGCAAAUCUGAAGGGUGUUGGGGACAAAACUAAUUACCCUGGUUAUCCGCUUCUCAACCGAGAUCCGUGGUUUGAAACCGAGCAAGGAGAAGAAGAGGUACAAUACCAAGAGCUCUACGAUCCGGCAAAUGGAAUGAGAAAGCGAGACUUCUUGCUCAACCCCGACGAGAUCGUGGUGGUCGGGUCUAAUUUAAGCCGGAGACCCACAGACGAAGAGCUCCGCAAAAUUUUUGGAUUAAUUCGAUGUGAAGAUGACUGUGGACAGGAGAUUGCUGACCUUGAACAGGUUGAGCCUAAUCUGAGAGUUCUGCGCCCUUCAAGCUCUAUUUUGAUGCCCGUACCCGCCAUUGCCUUAACAAUGUCCGUAUCAGCCUCUGUGACAGACGAUGUGACAAUGAGUGAGCGACUCAGCAACGUUGCAUGUGCGGUCGUACUCAGUGAAAGAAAUUCGCGGAGAUGGUAUCAGGUAUGA